CCUCGGGCCAACAGGAAAACCUGCGCCUUUUACCUCCCCCGCUUUCCCCUUCUCCUCCUCCUCCUCCUCCACCCCUGCCAAGAACGGGGGCAACAACAACAAGGCUCGGAAUUCUUCCAUCCAUCGGCCGUGCGUCCAUGGCGAAGCUGGUGCGGAAGUUUGUGGACUCCUACGACGACGACGCCGGCGACGCCCAGGACGCCGGCUGCGUGCGCGCCGUGCUGGCCGAGCUCGUCCUCACCUUCCUCUUCGUCUUCACCGGCGUCUCCGCCUCCAUGGCCGCCGGAUCCGGCGGGAAGCCAGGCGAGGCCAUGCCGAUGGCGACGCUGGCCGCGGUGGCGAUCGCGCACGCGCUGGCGGCGGGGGUGCUGGUCACGGCGGGGUUCCACGUCUCCGGCGGCCACCUGAACCCGGCGGUGACCGUGGCCAUGAUGGUUCGCGGCCACCUCAGCAAGCUCCGGACGGUGCUGUACGUCGCCGCGCAGCUGCUGGCCUCCUCCCUCGCCUGCAUCCUCCUCCGCUACCUCACCGGCGGCAUGGUGACCCCGGUGCACGCCCUGGGCGUGGGCAUCCGGCCGAUGCAGGGCCUGGUGAUGGAGGUGAUCCUCACCUUCUCCCUCCUCUUCGUGACCUACGCCAUGAUCCUGGACCCCCGGAGUCAGGUCCGCAGCAUCGGCCCGCUGCUCACGGGCCUCAUCGUCGGCGCCAACAGCCUCGCCGGCGGCAACUUCACCGGCGCGUCCAUGAACCCGGCCCGGUCCUUCGGGCCGGCCCUGGCCACCGGGGACUGGACCCACCACUGGGUCUACUGGGUCGGCCCGCUGCUGGGUGGGUCCCUCGCCGCGGUCGUCUACGAGUCCCUGUUCGUGGUCAACAAGACGCACGAGCCGCUGCUCAAUGGGGACUGCUAACGAUCAGGCUCGCCUGUGAGCGAUGAGCAUGGUUGUUUCUUUACAUAGAUGGUAUAUUGGCCAUGGUAAUUAGAGAAGGUUGCUGUAAAAUUAGUUCCCAUGUGGAAUUGUUGGAUGUAGAAACUGUUCAUAGGCUUUAAGGGUCCGAUUCUUUUUCUUUCCUAUUUCUUUUUUCCUGUGAAGGGCUUCUUUUUUUGAGAGGGUUCUGUCAAAUGUAAAGGAAAGAUGUACUAUAUGGGGAUGUGAAGGGAUUUUUCGAGUUAAAUUAUAUACGGUUGUACUUUAUUUUUGAGAAGAAAUUGGAACCAAAUUGUUUUUGGUUUGUA